AUGAUUGCGAUUCAGACCCUUCCAUGUCUUCUGUUAGCACUGGCUUCACUGGCUAGCGCUGAAGAUAUCUAUGUAUCUCCUAAGGGUAGGGGUAGUGGCUCGUAUAACUCACCGUUAGGCGACAUACAGAAGGCUGUUGACGCAGCUGAGUCGGGCGACACUAUCGUCUUGAUGGGCGGCAUAUAUGCUCCAAGCAAGAACAUUCAAAUCAGCACGAAGUGUUCCGCCAGCGCCAAAUGUACAGUCCGCCCUAAUGGUACCGACAAGGUUGUAAUCGAUGGGAAGAAUAUGCCAGGAACCCCGAAGAAGUACAAAGAAGACCUUCCCAACAAGGAACGCGGCAUCUUCCAUGUACAGAAUGCACAACACUGGCGUUUUUUCGACCUGGAGCUUAAGAACGGACCGUACGGCAUGUAUGCGCGUGACGCAUCUAACAACCACUACGAACGCAUCGUAACGCACCACAACUACGAAACAGGCUUCCAACUUGAAGGUUCCUCGUCCAACAACGUUAUAGUCAAUCUUGACUCGUAUCGGAACGCGGACCCGCGUAAGAAUGGAAAGAGUGCAGACGGAUUCGCCUGCAAGGAGGGCAAGGGCACUGGAAAUGUAAUUCGAGGAGCCAGGCUUUACGAGAACUCUGACGAUGGGCUGGAUCUAUGGGAAUUCGAGUCUCCCCUUGUCAUUGAGGAUGUGGUGGCCUGGGGCAAUGGCUACAACCGCUGGGACUUUUCGCCGCAUGAAUCAGAUGGCAACGGCAUCAAGCUGGGUGGUGGAUCACACCCUUCUGCACCAUUUGUCAACCAUAUCGUGCGCAAUGUAAUGUCAUUCCAGAACUUGCGUCGCGGCUUCACAGACAACAACAACCCUGGUAGCAUGACCCUUGAACGCUGCACCGCAUUUGAGAACGACGAAUUUGGCUUCAACUUCCAGCUUUCAAAGCCGAUCAUCAAAUCUUCGAUUGCUUUUGGCAACAAAGGCGCGGAGACGAAGCUGAAGGGCGGUGUCAAGGACAGUGGCAACUCCUGGAACAAAGGUGGAUGGAGCAAGAACCAGUUCGCAAGUACGAACAGCACGACGAUCAAGGCUACGAGGAGGUCAGGCGGUAAGCUUCCGGCGACAAGCUUCCUACGCUCUGCUGAUGGAUCUGCAAUUGGUGCCGACAUGCAGAAGGUCUGA